AAAACAAGCAGUGACAGACAGUGAGACAGACAGAUAGACUCCUGAGCUUGUAUACAACUCCCAGCAGCCAGACAACUCCCAGCAGCCAGAGAAGCCGCACUCACUGAGCAACAUGAAAACGUCGUACAUUGAGGCCAACAAAGUGCAGCCCACAGACUUCGAGGUGCAAUACUUUGAUGAGUACGAAUAUUACAACCUGACCGACAGAUACUCACUGCCCACAGCUGCCAGGAAGGGCCGCACCAAGAAGGAGGCUGAAGCCAACACCAACAGAGAGAGCCCAUGUGGCCACGAGAGGAAGAUCAGUAGCAAACUGCAGCGCAGCGAGUGUAAGAAGAAGCUGAAAGUGGCCAAGGUGUGAGGCACAGGACAAACCUCCGGAUGGCACAAGACACACACAGACCAAUGGCAACGAGACGGACCAAGAGAACUGGUACAGACUGAUGUGGUGAGACACAAGCUCCGCCCCUCACAGACACCAGAGCAAGGAGGACAGCAGGACAGAUGAGUGCAGAGUAUGACUCCUCUAGUCUGGGAGCAGCAGAGACUCCUUUAACCUCUUCAUGGCUGUAGCUAGAAAGGCUGGGAAGCAGUGGGGCAACUGUUAACUCUUUCAAUGUUGGGGAGAGCUGCAUGUGAGAAUCAUUUGUUUAUGAAAUAAACUGAAUAUUCUGCUAAA